AUGUAUAAAGAUGAGGAGGAAGAUGUGGACUUAAGUGACAGUUUUCUUUGUGAUCCUGGUGAGGCUCACUUGUGUGUUCCGGAGUCUGCUGAGAGGGUGAUAGUGGAGCACACGAAGGGGCCCCGGCGAGAUGGAGGCUAUGGUGGGAGGAGUGGAUAUGGACGCUGGGGAGGAAGAGACAGAGGCCGCAGGAACGAGGGCGUGAUCGAGUUCAGGCAGUACUCCGACAUGAAGAGAGCUCUGGAGAAACUCGACGGCACUGAGGUCAACGGCAGAAAGAUCCGGCUCAUCGAGGACCGGCCCGGCGCCAAGCGCCGCCGCUCUUACUCUCGCAGCCGCUCCAGGUCUCGCUCCAGGGGUCGCAGGUCCCACAAGAGCCGCAGUGACAGCAGCAGUCGCAGCCGCUCUCACAGCAAGAAGAGUAAGAGCAAGAGCAAGAAGGAGGAAGAGGAGCGCAGCAACGGCGCCCAGAAGGAUGACGACCACAGCAGGAGCCGCAGCCCAAAGAGCAAGAAAGACGGGAAGAAGGGCAAGAGGGACUCCCAGUCCCGCUCCAGGUCCAGAUCCCACUCCCGUUCUCGCUCCAGGUCUCGCUCCAGAUCGGAGGUCAAGGAUCGCUCCAGGAAAUCUGUCUCCAAGACAGACGAUCAGCCUUUUAAGUUAGCGGUAGAUGCGAGUGACACUGGGGUGGGCGCUGUUCUUUUGCAGGAGGGUGCUGAUGGAGUGGAGCACUCAGUGUCUUAUUUUUCAAAGAAGCUUGAUCGCCAUCAGAAAUGGUGA